CAAACUUUGCUUACACCAUAACAAAACAACCCUUUAUUUUCUCCUCUUCUGUAUUUGUAUUCAUAUGUAUCUUCUUCUUCAAAUAAUCAAAGUUAAUAAGUCAUCGUUAAAUCUCUCAAAAACUUACACAAGAGAAAAAAAGUGUCUUUGGAUAUUAUCUCUACAAAAAAAAUGGUGUUAGAUUUGGGUGUGCAAAUAGCAAAUAUGGGAGAAAGUGGGCAUGCACAGGUGGUACCUAUAGCAGUAUUUGUGGCAGUUUUGUGUUUUUGCAUGGUGAUUGGUCAUUUGCUUGAAGAAAAUCGUUGGGUCAAUGAAUCCAUCACUGCAAUUCUCAUUGGAUGCUUAACUGGAAUGAUUAUAUUGCUGAUUAGCAAGGGGAAAAACUCUCACAUUGUACGAUUCGAUGAAGAAUUAUUCUUCAUUUAUCUCUUACCACCUAUCAUCUUCAAUGCAGGGUUUCAGGUCAAGAAGAAACAGUUUUUUCAAAACUUCUUGACAAUUAUGCUUUUUGGAGUUAUUGGUGUAUUCAUCUCAACUACCAUCAUUUCAACUGGUAGUUGGUGGCUGUUUCCUAAAGUUGGAUUUGCCGGGUUAACUGCACGAGACUACCUUGCUAUUGGAACUAUUUUCUCAUCUACUGAUACCGUGUGCACACUUCAGAUUCUUAAUCAAGACGAGACUCCGUUUCUGUACAGCCUAGUCUUUGGGGAAGGGGUAGUAAAUGAUGCGACAUCAGUUGUUCUAUUCAAUGCAAUUCAGAAGCUCAAUGUGAAAAGUUUUGGUGAUUGGACACAUGUAAUUGGAGAUUUUCUCUAUCUCUUUUUCGCGAGCACUGCACUGGGGAUCACUACAGGGCUUCUGACGGCAUAUGCCCUUAAAGCAUUGUAUUUUGGUAGACAUUCCACGGAUCGUGAGAUUGCCUUGAUGACUCUGAUGGCAUACUUGUCCUACAUGUUGGCCGAGCUGUCACAGUUGAGCGGGAUUCUAACUGUUUUCUUCUGUGGUAUCGUCAUGUCACAUUAUGCGUGGCAUAAUAUAACCGAGAAUUCAAGGAUCACAACAAGGCACAUAUUUGCAACUAUGUCAUUCAUUGCCGAGACCUUCAUUUUCCUGUAUGUCGGUACAGAUGUUUUCGAUAUGGAGAAAUGGAAGAUGACCAAGAUGGGCUUUGGGACAUUGGUAGGCAUCUACACGACCGUAGUCUUUCUAAUAUUACUAGGUCGUGCUGCGUUUGUGUUUCCUCUUUCUGCUAUUUCAAAUCGUAUGAAUCGAGAGAAAGAAAAUUCUGGUAGAAGAUCAACCAUUACAUUCAGAAAGCAGGUGAUUAUAUGGUGGGCUGGACUUAUGAGAGGAGCAGUCUCCAUUGCAUUGGCAUUCAAACAGUUCACAUACUCUGGCAUAACAAUGGAUACUGUAAACGCUACAAUGGUCACCACCACUGUGAUUGUUGUGCUCUUCACCACACUGGUCUUUGGGUUUCUAACAAAGCCGCUCAUACUGUACCUAGUCCCUCACACUCCAACUCAAGAAACCAAGUCCCCGAAAGAUGACCUCACUUUACCGAUGCUUUCGAUGGACGAAUCAGCUGCUACAAAUCUCAGUCGGGCUAAGGACAGUUUAUCAAUGCUGAUAGAAAGACCAGUUCACACAAUUCAUUCCUACUGGAGAAAGUUCGAUGAUGCUUACAUGAGACCGUUAUUUGGGGGGCCAGUUGACAGUCAGCGCAGAUAAGGGAAUGCUUGUCUUGCUGAUCAACAGAUUGGAAGCUGAUCCAAGCUACAGGUUUUGACAGAGCAGUCACGGUCUAAGAUAGUCGUGUAAACCAAGUAUUGUUGCCUUCACUCUUUGUCGAACAUGCAUCAAAGAGGUGUUAUGAGUUAUGAAGCGUCCCGUGGAACAGCUGCAGUCCCUCAGAAGCAUGAAGAGGGCUGGUGGACUGAGUUUGAUGUUCUACAAUGAUCUAUCUCAUCUGGAUAGUGAUUCUCAAAUCUCCAAUGAUGUUCCAUUCUAUAAAUUGUUUAGUAUUGACCAAUAAAGUUCUGUUUCGUA